AUGAAGCCCAUCCGGGUGGGAAUCGUAGGCCUCUCGCGGAAAAAGGACGCAUGGGCUACCCUGGCCCACCUCCCCUACCUAUCCAAAUCCCACGCCUUCGAAAUCGUAGCAUUGUGCAACUCCACCCCGGAAUCGACUGCAGCGGCAAUCAAAGCACACGGUCUACUCGCCACGACAAAAGCGUACAAUUCGUACGCGGAGUUGGCGGCCGACCCGGACGUCGACCUGUACGUCGUUUCGACCCGAGCAGACACCCAUCUGGAAGUCACUCUGCCCGCUCUGCAAGCCGGGAAGAACGUCUUCGUCGAAUGGCCGCUAGCAGCCACAACGCACGACGCGCAAAUCAUGGCCGAUCUCGCCCGCUCGCAAGGCGUGCAAGCCAUGAUCGGCUUCCAAGGCCGCAUGUCGCCGAGCGUGCGCAAAAUCAAAGCGCUCGUCGACGGUGGCGUGCUCGGCGAAAUCCACAGCGUGAACUACUACGGCGCCGUGAACAACUGGCUCGACAACAUUUCCGAUUCGCGGUACUCGCACUUCAGCACGCGCAGCGCCGGCGCGAAUAUUCUGACGAUUUAUGGGGGGCAUGUUAUGGAUUCGAUUUUUUAUGCGCUGGGCGAGUUGAAGCCGGGGAGUUAUACGCCUUUGGCGUUGAAUUUGCGGCCGGAGAUGCAUUGUAAAUUGGAUGAUGGGUCUGUUUCGCCGGAGGCGUAUUUCAAGGACACGCCGGAUCAGAUUCUCCUUCAGGGUCAGCUGGACCGGAAUCCGCCUGCUGCGCUGUCGCUGCAUCUUCGAGGUGGUGCGAGGUUUUUGCAGACGCCAGGCUCGACGUGGAAGAUUUUUGGAACGAAGGGAGAGCUUGUGGUGGAAUUCGAGAGUGCCGGACCGCAGAUGGCGAAGGCUGUGUCGAUGGUGCUGUGUGAUUUCGAGCAUAAGAAGAUCACGCCCAUUCAUGUCGAUGAGGGCGGGCCGGAGUGGGAGAAUCUACCCAAGCAAGGGCAGAAUAUCGGCCGACUCUACGAGGCAUAUGCUUCCAACCAGCCAUAUGGAGACUUUGACGUCGCUCUCAAACGACAUCAACUGCUCGACGAGUUCUGGAACAGCAUGAGAUAG